AUGACCGACGUCGCUGUUGUUGCGAAGUUCUACACAGGACCAGACCAUCGUCUCCUCUACGCUAUACUCCGCUUCUUAGUGCGUGGAGAGAGAGCUGCUGCGAAGUUCAGGAAACGAAGCCUUAAGACUGUGGUCAGUUAUGAUUACUUCGCUUCAUUUGCUUGUGGAGAGAUUCCGUCAGCGGGGAUUUUGUGGGGAGAUUCCGUCAGCGACAACAUCGAUGAAGGAUACAGCCGACUCCUCGAACAUCUUUACGAUUGCGCAAGGAAAACUGAGAGUCUCGAGUCUGAGAUGUCAACAAACGUCUCUCUUCGAGGACUCUUGAGCUGA